CAAAGAUACUCUUUUUUUUUUCCAUCUCAAUGGUUGCUACCCUCCUAUUUCAAUGUUUGUUAUGGGCAGAUCCAAAAUUUCGUACAUGGUACCUGAUUCCAACAACAUAAACCAAGUUCUUGUACAGAAUCCUCCUAGUACUACCACCCACCAAUGUUCAUUCCCAACUAAGCUUCUACUGUUACUGCGCCGCCUCAUCCAUUCAAAGGAAGCUGAUGGGGGUUCACAAAGUAAGGAAGAAGAGAGAGUGUGCUCAUGGUUAUACACUUUGGCUCACUCUCAGAAAUACAUUGCCUUCGAGUAUGUUGCUUCCACCGAAAGAGGUCUAAGUUUCACUGAAGCAGAGAGGAGGCUAAAGGAAAAUGGGCCAAAUGUUCCACUUGAGUAUUCUUUUCCAAGGUGGUGGCAUCUUUUGUGGAAUUCUCUUUUCCAUCCUUUUAACAUGAUCCUCAUUGUUUUAUCUGCAAUGUCAUUCAUUGCUUGUGACGAUGCAAAUGGAUGCAUCAUGCUUAUACUGGUUUUCAUUAGUGUUGCCCUUCGUUUCUGUCAGGAAUACAGCAGCUCAAAAGCAGCCAUGAAACUUUCUGAAUUGGUAAGGUGCCCAGUAAAAGUGCAAAGAUGCGCUGGUAGAGUUGUGCAGAGAGAGUUAAUUGUUCAAGUUGAUCACAGGGAUAUAGUUCCCGGCGACAUUGUCAUUUUUGAACCUGGUGAUCUCUUUCCUGGUGAUGUUAGGUUGUUAUCUUCAAAGCAUCUUGUUGUGAGCCAGGCCUCACUAACUGGGGAAUCUUGGACAACUGAGAAAACUGCUGAUAUCAGAGAAGAUCAAAGCACUCCUUUAUUAGAUUUAAAGAACAUCUGCUUCAUGGGCACGAGCGUGGUUUCAGGUACUGGAACAGGAUUGGUUGUAUCGACAGGAUCCAAUACUUAUAUGAGCACCAUGUUUUCAAAAGUUGGGAAGAGGAAGCCACCAGAUGACUUUGAAAAGGGUCUCAAGUGGAUAUUUUACUUGCUUAUUUCAGUUAUGCUAGUGCUAGUUACAAUUAUGUUCUUGACAGAUUACCUUACAUCACUUAAUUUGAGCAACAGCAUUCUUUUUGCAAUCUCUGUUGCAUCUGCCCUCAAUCCUCAGAUGCUUCCCCUCAUUGUGAAUACAUGUCUAGCCAAAGGAGCACUUGCUAUGGCUAAAGACAAGUGUAUAGUUAAAAGUUUGACCGCGAUUCGCGAGAUGGGAUCCAUGGAUAUUCUAUGUAUUGACAAGACAGGCACACUAACAAUGAAUCGUGCAAUUAUGGUUAAUCAUGUUGACAGCAAAGGGAUGCCCCAAGAACAAGUUCUACGCUUUGCAUUUCUCAAUUCUUACUUCAAGAUUGAGCAGAAGUAUCCAUUGGAUGAUGCAAUUCUUGCAUAUGUAUAUACAAAUGGACUUAAGUUUCAGCCAUCCAAGUGGAGAAAGCUAGAUGAGAUUCCUUUUGACUUCAUAAGAAGAAGAGUAUCUGUAAUCUUAGAAACAAAUGAGAGACAGCCACAGUUCUCUGGCAGGUUCAUGGUAACAAAAGGAGCAUUGUUAGAAGUCAUGAGAGUUUGUUCUUACAUUGCGAAUUCUGACAAAAAAGAAGGAAUCUCGAUCUUCUCUUCAGAAGACUAUAAGAGAAUCUUAAAUCUUUCAGAAGAACUAAGCAAUGAGGGAUUAAGGGUUAUAGCAGUAGCUAUAAAGAAACUUGGAGAGGAAGCAAGUAAUGGAAUAAAGACAAGUGAGGAGGGAGACAUGAUAUUCCUUGGCCUAAUAACAUUUUUCGACCCACCAAAGGCGUCGGCGAAAGAAGCACUGUGGCGUUUGGCAGAAAAAGGAGUUGAAGCAAAGGUUUUAACAGGUGAUUCACUGUCAUUGGCAACAAGAGUAUGCACUGAAGUUGGCAUAAGAACCUGUGAUGUGAUAACAGGGCCAGAGCUAGAGCAACUUGACCAAGAAAGUUUCCAUGAGACGGUUCAACGCGCCACGGUGCUAGCACGCCUGACGCCAACUCAGAAACUGAGAGUGGUUCAGUCGUUGCAGACAGUUGGAAAGCAUGUGGUUGGAUUCUUGGGAGAUGGUGUGAAUGACUCUCUUGCCCUUGAUGCUGCGAAUGUUAGCAUUUCAGUGGACUCAGGUGUAGCCAUAGCCAAAGACAUGGCAGAUAUCAUCUUACUUGAGAAGGAUCUGAAUGUGCUGGUUGCAGGAGUAGAGCACGGUAGACUCACCUUUGGCAACACAAUGAAGUAUGUGAAAAUGUCAGUUAUUGCAAACCUGGGAGGCGUGAUUUCACUGCUCAUAGCAAUCUUGUUCCUCAAGUAUGAGCCCUUAACCUCUAAACAGCUCCUCACACAGAACUUGCUCUACAGCGUGGGACAAAUCGCCAUCCCAUGGGACAAAAUGGACGGAGAGUAUGUGAAGAGUCCUCAGAAAUGGUCAGAGAAAGGGUUGCCAAUGUUCAUAUUGUGGAAUGGGCCAGUUUGCACUCUCUGUGACGUGGCAGCACUCUUAUUCCUUUGGUUCUAUUACAAUAUCGGAGCUGAUUUGGAUGAGAAGUUCUUCCAUUCAGCAUGGUUCAUUGAGGGCCUCCUCAUGCAGACUCUCAUCAUUCACUUGAUCAGAACUGACAAAAUUCCUUUCAUACAGGACAUUGCUUCUUCGCCUGUCAUGUGCUCCACGCUUGUCAUAUCUGCAAUUGGAAUUGCACUUCCAUUCACACCUAUUGGGAGAAUCAUGGAAUUCACGCUUCUACCCUUCUCCUAUUUCGGAUUUUUGCUCAUUCUUUUUCUUGGAUACUUUGUACUUGGCCAGCUCGUUAAGAGACUUUACAUAUUGCUUUAUAAGAGAUGGCUUUGAAUAAUAUUAAGAUAGAAUAUCUAUA